AGGUACAUAAGGUUCCAAGUCAGCCUUCGUCACCCGAACCCACUUCACUGCAAAUCCAUCGCCUCAAAUUCACAGCCCAGCAAUCCAAGCAUCCGAUUUGGCAGCUGGGUUUUGUGCCUCCAUUUGCUCCAAUCCUACAUUCCAUUGUUCAACUUCUCGCACACUGGGAGCGCUGCCGUUUUUUUCGUUGCUGUUGCUGCGCUGAUUGUCCCAUUUUCGGCAGGAUUUUUGGCAGGAUUGGAGCUGGGAGUGUUCUGUUGCGUUUCCAACAGGAGGCGAAAGCUGUCCCAGAACGAUGUCACAAGCGGCGUGUUUUCGGACCCUACCCCAAGCGUCAUGUGCAGCUAAUUUUGGCCAUGAGAGUUUGAGCAGAGUAGGAGAUGUUUCAUCAAGCUCGGUCAAUAAGUUUCUUCCUGGGCUGUGCAUUUAUCCAAAGCGACCAGCAAGGAGAACUCCGCAUUCUGGUCUGAGGUUACGGACCUUGAGCAGGAACUUUAUGGUGCGUGCAAGAAGGUCUGUGGUCACAUGUUCGGCGGCUUCAGAUCGGAUGCGUGGGACUGCUUCUUUUGAACGUGUCUGUGACUGUCUGGUUUACCCUUCUUUGGAUCAAAACGGGAGAACGAAGGGAGUUAUUCAUUUCAUAGGAGGCGCAUUUAUUGGUGCUGCCCCAGAUGUGAUAUACAGUGUGCUGAUAGAAUUACUGGCGAAGGAAGGAUAUUUGAUAGUGGCAACGCCAUUCAGUUUGAGUUUUGACCAUACGGUUUCUGCCCAGGGCAUUCACACCCGAUUCAACACCUGUUUAGAUUAUUUGUCGAACACAGGGUUUGCGGGCCUUUCUGCUGGAGACAUCUCGACACUCCCUGUGUACAGUGUUGGCCACAGUUUGGGAGCGUUAAUGCAGGUGGUCAUUGGAAGCACUUGCUCAGGAGGGAGGUUGCCCAAGGCAAGUGCACUCAUUUCAUUCAAUAAUAAGCCUGCUUCAGAUGCAGUACCCUUCUUCGACCAGAUGGGCCCAACGUUGGCGCAGGUUGCACCAAUAGUAGAAUCGUCUCCGGCCACUGAAUUCGCUCGAGCUUUCAGCUCAGAGGCAAUCAGAGCAGUUCUGGAUUCGCGAGUUCCCCUGCCACCCGCCGUUGGUGACAACCUGCAGUCUUUUCGACAGUUUCUGGACCAGAUCCCAGCUGUUUUCGACCAGGUUUCACAGGGAGUUUCAGAGUUCACUCCGACUCCUGCACAGAAUCGCGCAGCUGCGUCCCUUUCAUAUGCUGUACCCAAUAACCUACUGGUGAAGUUUACCCAAGACGCUAUAGAUGAAACAGAUGUUUUGGAAGAAAUUUUGGGGCCUCGCUCCGAAGCAUUAGGAGGAAAGCUGACCAAAGUUGUACUUACUGGGAAUCACCUCACCCCAGUGGCUCCAGAUGUGAAGUGGCAAGCAGGUCGAGAAUACACUCCUGCUGAUGCUGUCGCCCAAGUUUUAAGAAAUGUAGCUCUAGCUGACUUGCGAGUUUUGUCGAGAAACAUUGCUGAUUGGUUUUCCUCUCUCUAACUUGAUGUAUUGUAAGUUUCUUUACAAUUUAGAUUGCCGAUUAUUCUUGUUACUUAGUUUUGUGUGUUGAACUAAAGUAUCUCUUAGCACAUGACUCAGCUUUCUGAAGUAUCGUAGAAGUUAUCAAUGAAUUUUUCGUAAUACCGCAUUAAGGUUGGAUUAAUGUGGUUAGAACCAUCAGAAUGCUACAUUAAUUUGCUUCACUAUGACUUCAAGGGUAACCCAUGAACGACUGCUGUAUUGCUUCUUUCAUCAGUGGUACUCCAGACUGAGCUCUAUAAUUUUGGACUCUGUAAUUUAAAAACUUGGAAAUGGUGAUGCAUUUGCAAGUUUCCAACA